UACACAAUAGGCACCACCACCUGCAAACGGGUACCUAACUCUUCCUUCUCUAGUUCUUACCACGAGUCAUAAUCAAGUGACCAUCCUCUCCAUGUUCCUACUUUGUCACUUCUCUCAUCUCCUAAGUCCUACCUUGAUAUAAUCAAGUAACAACUAUUCUUUUGUUCUUCAAUACCUUAUUUGGAGAAAGAGCUAAAACAAGAAGCAAAAGACAUGGCUGGUCUGCAGAGAUCUGUGGAGACGUUCAGGAGGUCAGGAUCAUCAGGGUUGGUAUGGGAGGAUAGGUUCUCAGGAGAGCCAAAUAAGAAUCAAGAAAAACAACAUCAGUUUAAGAAGGAGGGAGAAGAAGGCCAGGAGUUGAGACGCUCUCGGAGCGUGGGAUCUUCUGGCGCAGUGAUGGAACGGAGCCAGUCCAACGGUGGCCGUGGUUACCGCACCGGCCGAGUCUCACCGGCUCUGGAUCCUCCUUCUCCUAAAGUCUCUGGCUGUGGCUUUUGUGGAGUUUUUGGCAAGCCUGGUCAUUCUAAGAAACCAAAGACUAGUAAGCGCAACAAGUGAAUAUUCUUUCUUUCUUUCCUUCUUUGCUUCUUUCUUUAUGUUCCAAUGUUCCAAAACUCUAAAAUUCCUUGUUACUUUGUUCACUGCUUUGGUUCAUCAUCAAACAUUCAGUUAAAGAGAGAAAGAUCUACAUCCAUAUUCCAUACAUUAGUUAGUCAGUUUUGCAUCCAAAGACAUGGUAAUUCACUACACACCAUUCAUUUUCUUUGCUCUUUCCUUUUAUUUUAUUUUAUUUUAUUUUCAUUUUGUUUUAAUGUGUGUCUGUAGCUAUAUAUGUAAAUGAAUGAUGUGUCAAGUGUGUGUUGUAAUCUACUUUUUGGUGGUAUUGUGGAGUGGUGAUUGAGUGCUAAUGAAUUGCUUUUGUUUCUUUUGA